AUGGUGCUGAACAAGGAUACUUAUGCUCGAGUGGAGGAUAUUAGGGUAGUCCAACAUUUUGUUGAUGUCUUUCCUGAUGAUUUACCUGGACUACCUCCAAAUCGUGAAGUGGAGUUCACUAUUGAUCUAAUUCCAGGUACAAAUCCUAUUUCUUUAACCCCUUACCGAAUGGCACCUGCUGAGUUGAGAGAAUUGAAAACCCAGUUGCAAGAACUUGUUGAUAAGGGUUUUAUCCAGCUGAGUACUUCUCCUUGGGGAGCUCCAGUUUUGUUUGUGCGAAAGAAAGACGGAACUUUGAGGCUGUGUAUUGAUUAUCAACAAUUAAAUCGGUUGAAGAUUAAGAGGGAGGAUGUCCCGAAGACAGCAUUUCGAACUCGUUAUGGUCAUUAUGAGUUUCUCGUGAUGCCAUUUGAGUUAACGAAUGCUCCAGCAGCCUUUAUGAACCUGAUGAAUCGACAAGUAGCUGCUGUGGAGAAUCGGGAACAGCUUCAGACUGUCACGAAAGUGCGGAGUUUUCUUGGUCUUGCGGGCUAUUAUCAACGCUUUUCGAAAGAUUUCUCAGCUAUAUCCCUGACUCUAACCAGGUUGACCAAGAAGGAACAUGGAAGAGUGAUUGCGUAUGCUUCACGACAGUUAAAGCCCCACGAAAUGAAUUAUCCUACUAAUGAUCUCGAGUUAGCAACUAUUAAAGAUCUUAAUCUUAAGCAGCGGAGAUGGAUUGAGUUGCUUAGUGAUUGUGAUUGCACAAUUAAGUAUCAUCUUGGUCGUGCAAACUCUGUAGCUGAUGCUUUAAGCAGGAAAUCCCAAGGUCGACUCAACACACUUUAUGCAUGCACUGUUCCACUUUUGACUAAAUUACGAUCUACUAGAGUUACAUUAGAGGAAGAUUACCAGGGAGCUUUACUUGUUAAUUUUCAAGGUGAGCGGAUGUAUAUGUCGGACAUAGAAGAAUUGAAGAAAGAAAUACUUGAUGAAGUGCAUAUUUCAGCUUAUGCAAUGCAUCAUGGGAGUACCAAGAUGUCAAGGCAGAAAGGUAGAAAUCGUUUAGAUUACUACAGCCACUUCCCGUACCUCAAUGGAAAUGGGAAAAUAUUACCAUGGAUUUCGUGUACAAGUUACCUUGUACAUGAAAUGGUUAUGAUGUUGGCAGAACGGUUCAUCUCUGAAAUUGUUAAGUACCACGGAGUUCCAGUUAGUACCAUUUCUGAUUGGGAUCCUAGAUUCACUUCAAAAUUUUGGGUAGCUUUUCAAGAAGCUCUCGGAUCGAAUUUACUUUACAGCAGGGCUUAUCAUCCUCAGACGGAUGGCUAUCAUUCUAGCAUUGGUAUGUCACUUUUUGAAGUGCGUUAUGGGAAACCAUGUCGUUCCCUGCUAUAUUGGUUUGAAGUCGGCGAUAGAGUUUUAAUGGGUCCUGAGAUUGUGAAUGAAACUACACAGAACAUUCAGGUGAUAAAAGCUAACAUGAAGGCGGCCCAGGAUCGACAAAAGAGUAUCGUCGAUAGACAUUCAACUGACAGGGUAUAUAAGAUUGGAGAUUGGGUGUUUUUGAAGUUAUCACCAUGGAAAGCCGUGGUACGGUUCAGGAAGAAAGGGAAGCUAAGUCCUUGUUAUAUUGGACUGUAUCAAAUCAUCGAGUGA